AACGUUUAAAAUUCACCAAAUGUGAAACCCCAAUUGGCCAAGUUCACCCAGCUAACCCCAGAAAACGCGGAAGAGGAAGGAUAUGACCUCUCCCCCCCCUGUCAUCCCUUCCCGGCGAAACAAAUGCUCUUAAAGUCCCCCCCUCAACGAACCAAAAGAGGAACAAUUCCCAAUUUCCUUUAUGACUAAAGAGAAAAACAAAAGGAGCCACACAAAAUGGAAGUGAACAAAGAAGAUAUCUGCGAGCUGAACAAAAACAGCUACCCCAAUUUUUACCUGGCUGACUUAUUUUACAUUUUGCAGUUGGCACAUAUAUCGCCAGAUGAGAAGAACGAAACGUGGGUGAAGCUGCAAGAUGAAAUAAAAAAAAAUAACAUGUACCCAUAUUACAGCUAUGUAUGCGAAGAAUUGAACAUUCCUGUAGACCAGGACCUUUACAAUUCUUUAAAGAAAAAUGCGGACGAAGAAAUUAACGAAAUAGAAAAGAAAAUCCAAGAGGCCUCCGAAAAUUUUGACUCUGUUGAUACCAAAAAUGACGUUUUACUCAAGGCAAAUUUUUUUUGCAAAAUUGGAGACAAGGAAAAUGCGCUGAAGGAAUACGAAGAAGUGUACAAGAAGGGCAUAGGCAUUGGCGUCAAGCUGGACAUCCUCCUCACGAUCAUACGAAUAAGCAUCUUCUUCAACGACUUGAAAAACACCAAGAAGUAUUUGGAGCAGGCAAGAACGCAGAUGGAGAAAGGAGGGGACUGGGAAAGGAAAAACAAACUCAAGAUUUACGAAGCUUUGAACUACAUUAUGAUUAGGAACUUCCCAGAAGCCUCCAAAAUUUUGAUCGACGCAGCGUCAACGUUUACAGCGACGGAAAUCAUUUCAUAUGACGAAGUUAUAUUCUACGUUGUCAUUCUGGGAAUUAUGACAGAAGAGAGAACCGUGUUGGAUAAAAAAAUUCUGAACAGCUCGGUGAUUUUGCAGGUCACGAGCAGCGAUGACGACUUGCAGAGUUACAUAUCCUCCUUUUACCACUGCGAUUAUCGAACGUUUAUGGAAAAGACAAUCAAAAUAGCCAUGCGAGUGAAGAGGGACAAAUACUUGGGAAGGCACUACCGAUAUUUUAUUCGAAACACGAGGGUGAGAGCGUAUAGGCAAUUCCUGGAGCCCUUCAAAAGCGUCACGCUUAAGAACAUGGCGUACGCCUUUGGGGUCAGUGAGGAAUUUAUUGAGAGCGAAAUUUCCUCCUUCAUCGCGAAUGGCAAGUUGAACUGCAAAAUUGACAAGGUGAACGGUUCGAUAGAGAGCAACCAGCCCAACGAGCGGAACACGCUCUAUUUGAACACGAUUAAAAAGGGGGACAUUCUACUAAACAGGAUACAGAAGCUGUCCAGGGUUAUUGACAUGUGACCGGCGAUCUCUACCUAAUAGCCGUUGUGUGGCUCCCCUUUUGCGUGAGCCGAUUUCCCCGCAGGGCGAUCACGGCCACGGUUGUGAUGGGCCAUCUGUUCCCUACCGCUGCGCUGCUGCGCCGCUACCACCUUGCAACAAUUUUGCGGCCAUUUUAAUUUUUUUUUUCAAAACGGCGGUUCGUUUUUCCUUUUUUUUUAAGACAAUUCUUACCUGCACAGUGCAGAGUUUUAUUUAAGCACACUUUGUUGCUGUCUUC